GUAGGGUAGCGCGGUCAAUCGGUGGAUCGGAUCGUGAGUCUCGGACGCCUUUAAGCCACAAUUUAUUUUAUUAAUUCGGCUUCCGCGGUAGCGAACCAAAGCCUCGGAUUCGUUUCAUACAAAUCCAAUCAUUAGUCCUAACCAUAAAUCUGCAGCGCCAAGCCCUGCAAAGCCGCAAUUAUAUCGAUGCCGGAUAUCCGAAUCAAUUAGUCCUGUGCCGAUUAUCCAGCUCGUAUCCACUCAUGGUCCGAUCAUGUCGUGUAACUUGAGUCAAUUCUUUAUGGGCAAGUUCGACACAAGUUCGCUACGAAUGGCUACAAAUGUAUUCUUUGAGUUUCGUUUGUCGCGCUAGCAUCAUGUAGGACCACUUAAUCUAUCAAAGUCAGGAGGGAACCAGGGGGCUGUGUAUGCCCACGUCAGGCAAGCGCCACACAGUGACAAACAGGUGGGACAGGACCUCACCAACAUGAGGCAGCCGCAAUCAUAUAUGUAUCACAAGGACGUUCCUUAUACUUAAUUCAAAAACCUUCAUUCAUAACCGCCUCGCCUUCUUUCUUUCUUAGACCAAAACAUUAAACCUUUCUAAUCUUGACCAAACCCAAGCGAAGUGACUAAACAUUUAGACAUCAAUCAAGAUGGAUCCACGUUUCGCCAACCGAGAAUACGGAGACGAAAGACAAUACGGGGGAGAAGCUAACUCCUAUUACCGAGACCAGAAUAACCCUCAGGGUUCUUACUCCGGUGGUGGGGAGCGACAGCAAGGUUGCGGUCAGGAAUACGGCCAAGGCUACAACCAAGGUUAUGGUCAGCCCAACAACCCGCAAUACGGAAACAACUACGGGCCUCCCUCUGGUGAGCGAUACGGUGAAAACCGCCAGUACAACCAGAAUGAUGGUCCCUAUCAAUCCGGCCCGAACCAAGGUCCCAACCAAGGCCCAGGCGGUGAGGACGGGGAUCGCGGUUUGAUGGGCGGUCUUGCUGGCGCCGCAGUCGGAGCCUACGGUGGACACAAGAUGGGUCACGGUAUCAUCGGCGGUCUAGCCGGAGCAUUCGCCGGUCACAAGCUAGAAGACUACGUGCAUGAUCGCAAGGACAAGAAAGAGGAAGAGGAGAGAUAUGAGCACCAACACUCUGGACCGCCCCCGGGCUACUCAUCCGGACACCACCAUGAACAUCAUCACCACUCCGAGCACCGAGACCGAUCGCUCGGCGGGGACUACGCCGGCAACUUUUCCUCGUCGUCGUAUGAUAUUCAUCUCGAGGGAGACUACGACCUCCGCGCCACCUGUAAGGACCGAGAUGGAGAGGGUCGCGUAAGCAUUUUGAACCUCGACAAUGUUCUUAGCAACGAAGACGGUCGUUUCCGCUGGUCUAGAGGCAACAGCGGUCCUAACACUAUCACCGUGCAGCAAGGUGACACCUUGAGGGACAUUGCCCGACGAUUCAACUGCAGCUACGAGGACAUCGCGAGGAGGAACGACAUCCCCAACGCCGACAUGAUCUACCCAGGACAGGUCCUCCAGGUUCCUGGUCAGUCAUCCGGAGGGUUCAGUGCUUCGGCCCGAGACAUUCGCCUAAUUGACGGCGGUCGGGUUUUGGAGGCCGAGUUGAGGGACAUUCGUGGAGAUUGGCACCGAAGCCGUAUUGAGCUGGACGAGCGCAUCGGAAAUGAUGGUGGAAAUCUGCGAUUCGUUUAAGUGAAAGAGUGGGAGGAAGAUUUGGCUCGGAAACGAGCAAUAAAACUUACAUAGCCAGCGCUGAUUUACACCCUUGAUAGCUAUAGCUAUAUCCGGUACCUACCUAGGUAGAAUGAAGAUUAUGUUUCUGAUUUAAUUCGUCGGCUUUUCGCAUCCCAAGAUCCCUUAAGUUAAGUAACUAGGUAGACACUCUCUAUAAUCGAUCGCGAAUAAUAUCUUCUCAUUUGCUCGUU